CUUCACAAAGUGAAAGUAGAAAGUUCAGAAUGGUAGAAUGGAAAGUUUUUUCGCUUUCGUAGAAUUCGUUAAACUUAUCAUCAGGGUAAUAUUUUUGACUAUCAGAUCGUGUUUUAUUGGGUUGUUCUCCACUAGGAAAAAAGACAUUAGUGAUGACAUCGUGUUAAUCACAGGGGGCGGGCGAGGGAUAGGGAGGGCCCUCGCUCUGGAGUUUGCCAAAUAUACACCAAAGCAUAUUAUAUUAUGGGGGAGAACAGAGGAGACCCUGAAGAAUACAGCUCUGGUAGUGAGAAACAUGGGUGUGAAGUGUUUCUACAUGGUGUGUGAUGUCAGCCAGUCACAGGACAUUUAUAAAAAUUAUGCUGACAUAAAGAAAAUGAUCGGACCGGUAACAAUUCUAGUGAACAAUGCUGGUAUAGUGCAUGCCAAGCAGAUCAUAGACAACUCAGAUGAGGAUGUAAAGGAAACAUUUGGUGUCAAUACGCUGGCUCACUUUUGGACAAUAAAAGCAGUGCUUCCAGAUAUGAUAGAAUCCAAUCGAGGGCACCUGGUCAGUAUUAGUUCAGUUCUAGGCCUGCUGGGGAUGAGGGGUGUGGGCGAUUACUGUAGUUCAAAGUUCGCCAACACCGGGUUCAUGGAGGCCUUGCAGUGGGAGAUACAGGAGUAUGACAAUAUCUACAUUACCUCGGUGCAUCCGUACCUUGUGGAUAACCAAAUGUUUGCUGGAUUGAAACUAAGAUUUCCCUGGCUUGUUCCUCCUCUGAAUGAGAGUUAUGUAGCUAGUCAAACCGUCUCUGCUGUCUUAUACAACCAAAAAUGUGUGGUUAUGCCAAGAAUUAUGCUUAUUGUUCUUUGGACAAAGAGUCUCCUACCUAUUGAUGCCAUGUUGCCAAUUUUAAAGUUUACUGGAGUUGAUAAAGCAAUGAUUGAUUCUCCUACAGCACCAAAGAAUGUGGAAUUCAUGAGAAAGACUGUCUCCAAUCAGUAGAGAUGGGGGGAGGCAUCUUCCUGAGUUAAAUGUCUCUUGUCCUUAUGUAUUGUAUGUUAAAGGUAUCUUUUGGGUGUUAUUGAUAUCUCCUUCCACUAAAAAGUGUGUUCAUGUAUAGACACUAUGUUCUAUGAACUUUUUAAACCUAGAUAUGGAAUGAUUUAGACAAAGCAGCUUUAACAAGAAAUGUCUGAAAUUACAAAAUGUAGCAAUAUUACCCCCUCUUUUACCUCCUUUUCUACUGGAGUUCCCCUUCAAAUUAUACCUUAUUUGCACAUGUGAUCAACUGCUUCCAGAUACAGUACUUAUAAUAUGUUAUACAUGUAUUUGUGUAUUUUUUUUCAAUAAAAAUGGAACUU